GGGGCGGAGGUCCGGAGCCCGGUCUCGACCCGAGCGGGGGGCCAUGGAGAAAGCGGCCCGAGGCGCUCUCCACACCGACUAACGCGGGCCCGUUGCGGCUGCAGGCGCCAUGGACCGAGCCCCCGCAGACCAGAAUGUCAAGCUGUCAGCUGAGGUAGAACCAUUUAUUCCCCAGAAGAAGAAUCCUGAUACAUUUAUGAUCCCUAUGGCACUCCCAAAUGAUAAUGGAAAUGUUUCUGGUGUAGAACCAACUCCAAUUCCCAGCUACCUGAUUACCUGUUAUCCAUUCGUGCAAGAAAACCAGUCCAAUAGACAGUUCCCAUUAUAUAACAAUGAUAUACGAUGGCAACAGCCUAAUCCAAACCCUGCUGGACCAUACCUUGCUUACCCCAUUAUAUCUGCUCAGCCACCUGUUUCUACAGAGUAUACAUAUUAUCAGCUGAUGCCAGCACCAUGUGCACAAGUCAUGGGUUUCUAUCAUCCUUUCCCUGCACCUUACUCCAACACUUUUCAGGCUGCAAAUACUGUCAAUACUAUAACCACAGAAUGCACUGAGCGUCCAAAUCACCUUGGACAGGUCUUCCCAUUGUCUGGCCAUCGAAACAGAAAUAGUAAUAGAGGACCAGUGGUACCAAAACAACAACUUAUACAACAGCACAUAAAAAGCAAAAGACCACUGGUGAAAAAUGUAGCUAUUCAGAAAGAGACAAGUGCAGUAGGUCCCGAUAAUCGAUCAAAAAUUGUGCUACUGGUAGAUGCUUCACAGCAAACUGAUUUCCCAUCAGACAUCGCAAACAAAUCUCUCUCCGAGAGCUCUGCCGCAAUGCUCUGGAAGGCCAAAGGCAGGAGGAGAAGAGCCUCCCACCCGACUGCUGAGUCCUCUAGUGAGCAGGGAGCUAGUGAGGCUGACAUUGACAGUGACAGUGGCUACUGCAGCCCCAAACACAGCAACAACCAGCAGCCUGCUGCGGGGGGGUUGAGAAAUCCCGAUUCUGGCUCCAUCAGUCAUGUGGACUCAUCUAUAUGUGCAGGUGGUGUAAAUUGGUCUAAUGUCACUUGCCAGGCAACUCAGAAAAAACCUUGGAUGGAAAAAAAUCAGACAUUUUCUAGAGGUGGAAGGCAGACUGAACAAAGAAAUAAUUCACAGGUUGGAUUCAGAUGCCGAGGACACAGUACUUCCUCAGAAAGAAGACAGAAUUUACAAAAGAGACAAGAUAAUAAGCAGUUAAACCCCAGUCAGUCUCACAGAGGCGACCCAAAUUCUGAGUCUUUAUAUUUUGAGGAUGAAGAUGGAUUUCGAGAACUAAGUGAGAAUGGAAAUGCUAAAGAUGAGAAUAUGCAACAGAAACUUUCUUCAAAAGUAUUGGAUGAUUUACCAGAAAACUCACCAAUCAAUAUAGUUCAGACUCCAAUUCCCAUUACAACCUCAGUUCCUAAACGUGCAAAAAGUCAAAAGAAGAAAGCUUUAGCAGCAGCCCUUGCCACUGCUCAAGAAUAUUCAGAAAUAAGUAUGGAGCAAAAAAAACUACAGGAAGCUUUAUCAAAGGCAGCUGGAAAAAAGAAUAAGACACCUGUGCAGCUAGAUUUGGGGGAUAUGUUAGCAGCUCUGGAAAAGCAACAGCAAGCCAUGAAAGCACGGCAAAUUACUAAUACCAGACCUCUGUCGUAUACAGUGGUCACUGCAGCUUCUUUUCACACUAAAGACUCUACUAACAGAAAACCUUUAACCAAAAGUCAGCCCUGUUUGACAUCCUUUAAUUCUUUGGACAUUACUUCCUCUAAAGCAAAAAAAGGAAAAGAAAAGGAAAUUGCAAAACUAAAACGGCCCACGGCACUUAAAAAGGUUAUUUUGAAAGAAAGAGAGGAAAAGAAGGGCCGUUUAACUGUGGAGCACAAUCUUUUGGGAUCUGAGGAGCCAGUAGAGAUGCACUUAGAUUUUAUUGAUGAUUUGCCACAAGAGAUUGUUUCCCAGGAAGAUACUGGACUGAGCAUGCCCAGUGAUACAUCCCUGUCACCAGCAAGUCAGAACUCUCCAUACUGUAUGACACCUGUGUCCCAAGGCUCUCCAGCUAGUUCUGGGAUAGGCAGUCCAAUGGCAUCUUCAACAAUAACCAAAAUCCACAGCAAAAGAUUCAGAGAGUAUUGUAAUCAGGUUCUUUGUAAAGAGAUUGAUGAAUGUGUGACUCUUCUUCUUCAAGAGCUUGUCAGCUUCCAGGAACGCAUCUAUCAAAAGGAUCCUGUGAGAGCAAAAGCAAGGAGACGGCUGGUUAUGGGUCUUAGAGAAGUUACAAAGCAUAUGAAGUUAAAUAAGAUCAAGUGUGUUAUAAUUUCUCCAAAUUGUGAAAAGAUCCAAUCCAAAGGCGGCCUGGAUGAGGCUCUCUAUAAUGUCAUAGCCAUGGCACGGGAACAAGAAAUUCCGUUUGUGUUUGCCCUUGGAAGGAAAGCUCUAGGUCGCUGUGUGAACAAGCUGGUUCCUGUCAGUGUAGUGGGGAUCUUCAACUACUUUGGCGCUGAGAGCCUGUUCAAUAAGUUAGUAGAACUCACUGAGGAAGCCAGGAAAGCAUAUAAAGAUAUGGUUGCCGCAAUGGAACAGGAGCAAGCCGAGGAGGCCUUAAAGAAUGUGAAGAAGGUGCCGCACCACAUGGGGCAUUCUCGGAAUCCCUCUGCAGCAAGUGCCAUUUCUUUCUGUAGUGUUAUUUCCGAACCCAUCUCUGAAGUAAAUGAAAAGGAAUAUGAAACAAAUUGGAGAAACAUGGUGGAAACUUCCGAUGGGCUGGAAACAUCAGAAAAUGAGAGAGAAGUUUCUUGUAAGCACAGCACAUCUGAAAAACCCAACAAACUUCCACUGGACACAGUAGGGGCUGUUGGUAAGCAGACGUCGUUAGUGACUGCAGGCAGUACUACCUCAGCUACAAACCCUGGAAAAUCCACAGUGGGCGAUAAAGAGGAGGUGAAGCCAGAUGACCUGGAAUGGGCCUCACAGCAGAGUACAGAGACUGGCUCUUUGGAUGGCAGUUGCCGGGAUCUUUUGAAUUCCUCCAUCACCAGCACCACCAGCACUCUUGUACCUGGCAUGCUUGAAGAAGAGGAUGAUGAAGAGGAGGAGGAGGAGGAAGAUUAUGCUCACGAACCCAUAUCUGUAGAAGUACAGCUCAAUAGUAGAAUUGAGUCUUGGGUCUCUGAGACCCAGAGAACGAUGGAAACUCUUCAGCUUGGAAAAACCCUUAAUGGUUCUGAGGAAGAUAAUGCAGAGCAAAGUGGGGAAGAGGAAGCAGAGGCGGCUGAGGUGCUAGAGCCAGGGAUGGAUAGCGAGGCCUGGACUACUGAUCACCAAGCAAGCCAGGAACCGCAGAAGCCCAGCAACUGCAGCUCGCUGAACAAGGAGCACUCUGAUUCUAACUAUACACCCCCAAAUCUAUAA